CAUUGCACAUCUUGCAACUGGGCACAACCUGAAGAAACUUCUUUCAAUUCGUUUUAUCUUCCUGCUGGUUGUGUCCCUACUGAAUGGUAAUUGAAACUCAUAUAUUGUGAGUUGCUUGCCUGGCUUUAUUCUUCUGAAAAAGAGGGAAUGCUGAUUUGAUGACAGAAAAGUGCAGCAGUCACACCGCAUCCUUCUUCAGCUGGGAGCUGCAGUAGAUGUUUUGGACCAUGGACAUCUCCAUUAGUUAAAGGUACGGAUGAAGAAAUGAGGCACUUUUCCUACAGUAAGUUCACAACAAUAUGCCAAGACGAAGAAACCUUCUCACUGCAAUCCUGAUUGCUUUACCCUGGACCAUAUUGCUGACCAUCUGGCACCAGAACUCAGGGGUUUUCUACCUUGCCAUUCAGAGAAAGGAGCCUGACAAUGGAACUAAAAGAAUACUCGCCAACAGCUCUCAAAGCAAAGAGGAACAAAGUGUCUGUGUGCACCAGGAAGCAAUACUUACUCAGCAGGUCAUCAAACUGGAAUACAUAUAUAGCAGACCCCCACAGUGGUCCCAGUCCUUACCAACCAUCUAUGUCAUAACACCGACCUAUACUAGACCGGUUCAGAAAGCAGAGCUGACCAGGCUAGCUAACACUUUCCUCCAUGUACAGAACUUACACUGGAUUGUUGUUGAGGACUCCCCUCGGAGGACCGGUUUAGUAGCACUGCUGCUGGAAAAGAGUGGAUUGAACUUCACGCACCUGAACAUACAAAGCCCAAAAAGUGUGAAGAUGGGCCUCAGUAAAUCAUCUCCUCGCACUCCAAGGGGCACUUUGCAAAGAAAUUUGGGUCUGCGCUGGUUGAGAGACAAAUUGAAUCCUAAUGAAUCAUCAGAGGGCGUGGUUUACUUUGCUGAUGAUGACAACACUUACAGUUUGGAACUCUUUGAGGAGAUGCGAUUCACAAAAAUGGUUUCAGUGUGGCCUGUAGCUUUCGUUGGUGGACUGCUCUACGAGUCUCCCAAAGUGAACACUGCAGGAAAAGUCGUCGGUUGGAAAACUGUUUUUGACCCAAAUAGACCAUUUGCUAUCGAUAUGGCAGGGUUUGCAAUCAACGUUAAGUUGAUACUCAUGAAACCUUCAGCCAACUUUCAGCUCUACGGAGUAAAGGGAGGAUACCAGGAAACCAGCUUGUUGCGGGAACUCGUAACUUUAAAAGAGCUGGAACCUAAAGCUUCAAAUUGCACUAAAAUCCUUGUGUGGCACACACGGACCGAAAAACCAGUUCUAAUAAAUGAAGGAAAGAACGGGUUCACUGAUCCAAGAGUGGAGGUGUGAACUGCGCUGAGGUGGGAGGCAUUUUCUGUAUCUUGUGAAGAUUCUCUUCCAAUUUUAUGACACCGUAAUGAAGUCUCAAGUCACGCUAAUAAUCUCUAGGUUUUUUUAUGUUAACGUGACCUAUUAAGUUACUCUGCAUUUUGUUUUAAAUUAUUAAAUAUAGUGUGUAGAUAAUUAUGUUCAGCCUUCUCCACGGUUGACAUUUUCCUCAAAAUUGAACAUAAGGCAUCGGUUUAACAAGUUUUCCCAAGGAUUGAAAUUCAGCUUCUACACUGCUGGACCGAGUGCUUUGAAUCUUAUCCUACCAUGAGAGGAGCAGGGAAUGCAACAUUUUUGCUGUUGUAAUUUGAUUAAGCAUAAUGCACAAUCAGUUAUUGAAUGAUCUAUUACCAUUCAGAAUGCUGUUCAUUGCUGUCCUGCGAGAUUAUAUCAUUUGGGCUGAAAGAGCUCACUCAGCACUUCACCACAUGUUGACAUCAAACGCAAUUAAAUCCACAGUUCACUUGAAAGUAAAGCAACCAUCAAAGUCACCUUCAGCCAAAUAAUGUCCAGCUGUUCAGCUAAUUAGUACAGAAUUACUGCACAAUUGUGUCAAAAAGGACGGAGCUGCUUUCAAUGGAUUGAGUCAUCGACUGCUAUCAGUCAGGGUUUCAAAUGUCUUUGAUAUACUGCCUGUCAAAGUGGAACAUUAUGUCAACAUGGAGACAUAAAUUUUAAUGUACUGAUUUUAAUGAGCUUUUACAUGAACUACUGAUAAAUAUUAUUUUCUCCAUGUUAAUCUCAAUAUGUAUUGAACAAAAGACGCUGAAAUUUCAGAGGGAGACUCAGAAAUGGAUUUGAUAGCAAACUCAUCAAUGUGACAAGACAGUAGGAUUUUUUAGUCUUAGCAAAUUAUGCAAUACACUGUCCAGACCAUAUUUUGAGUAUUAUGUUCAAUUUUGCACCAAAUAAUUAGAUGAGUUAGAAAGAGAGCAGAGAAGAUUAGUAAUGCCAGUCCUGAGUAUAAAGAAAUAUUUGACAGCCUUAGAUUCUUUGGUCUAGAGAUAAGGAUAAAGGAUACAUCUUAGAGAGGUACAUGAGAUAGUAAGUAGCUUGGCUAGAGUAAAAUCGUUAUUAUCUUAAAUUAAGCUAGAGAAAUAAAAGUGAAGAAGGUACAUUUAAAUUACUGUGGAAUUGUUUUAUACCAAGGUGGCUUUACUCAAAGCAAAAUAAAUCGUUGGAAUAGUGCCUCAAACUAGACAUUGGAAACUUCCAAAAGAGAGCCAGAUUUUUUCAUAUUCAUGUGAAGGGAUCAAAAAAAGUCUUCAAAUGUAUAAAUUGCAUUUUCUCAUUCUUAAAUUUAUUCUUAGAUAAUUUAAUUUAAAUUCUGGUGCAAAGGCACUGAAUUGUCAGCCACCAUAAGAAAUUAAUUUUGCCUGAAGUUCACUUGUGGCCUACUCAUUUUGCUUGAUAUUAUUUGUUCAUGAGAUGUGGGCAUCACUGGCUGGGUCAGAAUUUACUGCCCAUUCCUAAUUGCCCUGGAGAAAGUGGUGGUGGUAAGCUGUCUUCUUGAAUCACUGCUGCCUUUGGAGUAUAGAGAUAACCACAGUGUAAAUAAGAAGGGAAUUCCAGGAUUUGGACCCUUUUUGAAUGAACAGUGACACAUAUACCAAGUCAGCGUUGUGAGGGGCUUGGAGGGGAACUUGUGGCUGUUGAUGUAACCAUGCAUCUGCUGCCCUUAUGUACUAUGUGAGAAAAAUCACAGGCUGGUUUGCAAAUAAAGCCAGAUAACUCAACACUCUCAUGUAGACACUAAAUUCACCUCCAAUUUCAACAAAGCUGCUCAGAAAAAGAUAAUCCUUUACAAGGCAGAUAGUUCUCCAUGUUUGUACAAUAAAAUAAGGUGACACGGAGAAAUAAGGAGAACUGGGAAGGGAUAGUCAUACUAAAAUUUUAAUGGAAAAAUGUCUUCACAAAUAAGUGUUUGUUGCACAAAAGAAAAACUUUUCCCAGUUUCGACGAAAUGUUUCUUCCCACAACUACCCACUUGCUGAGUAUCACCAGUGUUUUCUAAACUAGAAUCAAAUCAGAUACAGAAAGAGAAAUAAGGAGAAAGAGAGGAUGAUAGGGUUAAAAGAAAAAGAAAGACCAGGAAGUAACAAUUUAAACCUUAAAAAUGUCUUAGAAUUUACUACCUGUAGGAACGGGGCUCCAAAGUUUGAUUCCUUCUGGAAAAUAAAUCUCAGUAAAAAUUUUCUGAAACUGUUAAGUACCAGCCUUAACUUUCUGGACUGAGUUUAUUAUCAAAUUCUUGAAACCAUGGGAUAAUUGAGAAUGAACAGUCAUUCGCUCGAGGAUAACAGCUGUGGUGCAGAUUGUAAACGAUAGUGAUUCACAGUGCAUGGUGUAUCGCAUCCUUAGCACAAGUUGUGGGAUUUACACAUUAAUAACAGCAAGCACAAUUAAACUCAUUGCUAUUUUGGUAGCUAAUUCUUGCCAUUAUUCUGAAUUUAAAAUGCAAGGUAUCACACUUAAUGAAAGCUUUAGCAUUAAUGUUUUUCUGUUGUGCUGCGAAUGUGCUGAAAUUACACAAGCAUUGACGAUUGGCAUUUAGUGCAAGUGUCAGACAUUUACCAGCAAUUAACUUGCAGCAAGUAUGUUUCGUUAUAACAUGGCAUACAUUUUCUCAUAA